UGCUGGUAAGACUUGCAAAACAGAAGAUUAAUUGCUUAUAUAGAAUAUAUCCAGCAAAUAAGGUGUAAUAUUUGAAUAGCAAGUUCAAGAUAUGAAGUGGCAAAUCCACAACCAUAAAUUUACAACCCCCAUGUCCACAUCAGUAGAAGCAGAACAGACAAAAACCAUCAAAAUUCUGAAGGAAUAGAAACGUCAAAGCCUUUUGCUGCAGCACACAAGUUCUCACACACAACACACACAAAUCUUGCACACAUGUCUGCUGGUAGUUCUCAUGUUUCUAUGGCCUGAAGUUAUCCCGGACUUAGAAAUGAGUUGACAAAGGCCAAGAACUUGUCUCCAUGGCCACCUCACAACUCACAGGAGCACUGGUACUUGACCUCUAUUUAUUUUCCUUACAAGUAUAUGGAAGAACUCGCAAAGAUUUGUGUAGGAGUUACAUAGUUAUUUCCCCUUUUGCUGGGUUUUUGUUUAUUAUAUCCACAGCAUUUUCUUGCCCCUAGGAACUAACCCGUUCACAAUUUGAUCUAACAUUGCAUACAGAGAUCAAGAAAUGGCUUGUUCAUCCACAUAUAGAGUUCCCAGUGGGUUAGGAUUCUUGGGGCCUUCCAAGAUUGGUCGGAAUCCUUUGAAAAACAAAGGUGGUGUCCGGUCAGGAGCAAAGUAUGUGGUACCAACGUGUGCAGUCUCCUCUGCUAGGCCAGCGUCACAGCCUAGGUUCAUACAGCACAAGAAGGAGGCCUUCUGGUUCUACAGGUUUCUUUCCGUAGUAUAUGAUCAUGUUAUAAACCCAGGGCAUUGGACUGAGGACAUGAGGGAUGAUGCAUUGGAACCUGCUGAACUAUACGACAAUGAGUUUAAGGUUGUUGAUGUUGGCGGUGGAACUGGGUUCACUACAUUGGGGAUUGUCAAGCAUGUGGACAACGACAAUGUGACUCUGCUGGACCAGUCACCACACCAGAUUGAGAAAGCUCGGCAGAAGGAGGCACUGAAGGGGGUGACCAUCAUGGAGGGUGAUGCUGAGGACCUCCCCUUUCCGACUGACACAUUUGACCGCUAUGUCUCUGCUGGAAGCAUUGAGUAUUGGCCUGACCCGCAGCGAGGAAUCAAGGAAGCUUACAGGGUCGUGAAGCCUGGCGGGCUUGCCUGUUUGAUUGGUCCAGUUCACCCAACAUUCUGGCUAUCUCGCUUCUUCGCCGACAUGUGGAUGCUCUUCCCCACAGAAGAAGAGUACAUAGAGUGGUUCACCAAGGCAGGGUUCGAGGAUGUCAAGCUCAAAAGGAUCGGGCCUAAGUGGUACCGUGGUGUUCGUCGGCAUGGCUUGAUCAUGGGAUGCUCCGUGACAGGCGUGAAGAGAGCUUCUGGCGACUCCCCUUUGCAGCUUGGUCCCAAGGCUGAGGAUGUUGAGGAACAGGUGAAUCUUCUCGCCUUCCUCUUCCGCUUCGCCAUCGGGACGAUAUGCGCGUCGUACUACGUGCUAGUGCCUAUCUACAUGUGGAUCAAGGAUCAGGUUGUUCCCAAAGGCCAGCCGAUUUAAGCAAUGGUAGUGAAGAUCCAAUUUUGGCUUCUGUAUGUUAGCGACCUGUAGUGCUUGCAGUUCCCUACUCAUGUAUGUUUGUGCUUUUCUUUCCGUCAAAAUCUUGUUUAUGCAAAGGGACUUUGUUCACUAGCAGAAUUGUAGAGGCUAGGGAUGUAAUAUUCCCAUUUAUCGGAUGAAAUGCAAAGGAGCUUGAUGAAGCGUCAAAA